AUGCCGUUAGCGCAGGUUCGGGCGGGCGGCGGCGGAGGAGGCGGGCGGGCCGUGGGAGCCUCGGCGGCGGCGGCCUCAGUAUCGCACCGCCCGUCCGCCAGCGCGUACUUCCGCGCAUCGCGACCGCUGACUACCGAGUACCGACUGACUGUGAGUGAGUGCGCGUGCAGUGAGUGCAAUGUGCUCGGCCGCAUGAGGAUCCUGCUGAGCGAACUGGGACUUUCUGGCGCGUGCCUCGGCCUGACCCUGGAGUCGCGCGCCGCCCCUCUGGACCCCGACAAGCCUGCGCCAGGUCAGCGCCCGCACGACGAUACGCGUCCUUCCACUUCUGUGUUUAUUUUCGCUUUCGUUGUG